AUGUCGAACAACCCGUACCACAACGGAGGACCCUCACGAAGCAACCCUUUUGACGCAGGCGGCUCAUACAACACCGGCCAACGGCCACCAGCGGAGGCGUAUUCCAUAGAAGACGAUUCAGACGAGCCCCAACCCCGACCCUCCACGAGUUACGAUGAUUUCGUCGGCGCCAGGCCGCAGGCUUCUUCGAGCAACCAGGCCAACACGUACAAUCCUCCCAGACCAUUCGCUCCAAGCUACAACGAGAGGAACUACUCCCAAACGUCUGACUUGAACAACUUCGCCCGCUACCACGAUGCCGACGACUAUGGGGACGAUGAGUCUACGUACCAGAAAUACUAUGACCAAGCGGGUCGUACCGAUGACGAUAUUCCGGGCGGUAGAGUCAACGUGGUACAGAGUGGUCAUGGGCGCAAUAGGAGCAGUGUGUUGUCUAUGGGCGGGUCAAUCAUGGACAAAGCAAAGGGCAUGCUCGGCAUGCGACCCGAGAACCAGUACUCGGACAUGAAUCUACCACUCACCGAUAGCGCCGGACGAGGACGUACAGAUACGGUCGGAACAGAGGACGCGCCAUCGAGUAGAGAGAGCAAGCCCUUCAUCGAUCGCAUCACCGGCAUCUUCAGCAAGAAGAUCGAUCCCGCGUCUCUAGGACCACGAUUCAUCGCCCUGAACAACCCGGCCGAGAACUCAGGACAUGGCUGGGUAGACAACCAUAUCUCAACAACGAAGUACAACGCAGCCACCUUCCUUCCAAAGUUCUUGUACGAACAGUUUACAAAAGUCGCCAAUCUUUUCUUCUUGUUCACGGCGGUCUUACAGCAAAUACCAGGCGUCUCGCCCACGAACCGAUAUACUACCGUCGUGCCGUUGUUCAUUGUUCUACUCGUGUCUGCGAUCAAAGAGGCGUACGAGGACUACCAAAGGCUGCUGGCCGACAGAGGUCUAAAUUAUUCCAAAGCGCUGGUACUGAAGAAUGGAGGAUUCCAAACUACAAAAUGGAUCAACAUAAAGGUCGGCGACAUAGUGCGAGUCGAAUCAGAGGAGCCGAUCCCGGCCGAUCUGGUUCUGCUCGCCAGCUCGGAGCCCGAAGGACUUUGCUACAUCGAGACGGCGAAUCUGGAUGGUGAGACCAACCUCAAGAUUAAGCAGGCCAUUCCUGAGACAUCUCAUCUGAUCAAUCCGAAUGAUCUGUCACGAAUGUCGGGUCAGAUCAAAUCGGAACAGCCCAACAGCAGUCUCUACACGUAUGAGGCCACGUUGAGAUCGAAUGUCACGCAGCAAGACAAGGAACUGCCGCUCAACCCUGAGCAACUUUUGCUCCGAGGUGCCACUCUCCGAAAUACACCAUGGAUCCACGGUGUGGUCGUAUUCACUGGCCACGAAUCGAAGCUGAUGCGGAACGCAACUGCGACGCCGAUAAAGCGGACUGAUGUGGAGCGAAUGCUCAAUUUGCAGAUUGUGAUGCUCAUCGGAAUUCUCCUUGUUUUGAGUGCCAUCAGCACCGUGGGCGAUCUCAUAGUCCGUGGCAACCAAGUGAAGAAGCAUUUCUACCUGGAGAGUGUGAUUGGAGACUACAACACGGCAGAACAAUUCUUUCUCGAUAUGGGCACAUACUGGGUACUUUAUUCGAACCUAGUGCCACUAUCGUUGUUUGUGACCGUUGAGAUUGUGAAGACUAUCAUGGCCUUUAUGAUUGCAGGUGAUUUGGACAUGUAUCAUGUCGAGACGGAUACUCCAGCCGUGUGUCGAACAUCAUCACUUGUCGAAGAGCUGGGACAAAUCGAGUACAUUUUCUCGGACAAGACGGGCACGCUGACUUGCAACAUGAUGGAGUUCAGGCAAUGCUCAAUAGGCGGUAUAAUGUACGCUGAUCAAGUGCCUGAAGACAGACGUGCAUCGGGUCCGGACGACUACGAAGGCAUCCAUGACUUUAAGCAGCUUAUCGCGAAUCAACAAGGGCACGAGACGUCGUUCGCUUUGCAUCACUUCUUGGCACUGCUGGCAACCUGCCACACGGUCAUUCCAGAAGUCAAAGAUGAGAAGGAGAUCAAGUAUCAGGCGGCGUCGCCAGACGAGGGUGCUUUGGUGGAAGGCGCCGUGCAGCUCGGCUACAAGUUCGUCGCCCGAAAGCCGCGAUCAGUGAUGAUCGAGGUCCAUGGGCGACAAGAAGAGUAUCAAUUGCUCGCUGUCUGUGAAUUCAACUCUACACGAAAGAGGAUGUCUACCAUCUAUCGCUGUCCAGAUGGAAAAGUGCGCGUAUACACGAAGGGUGCCGAUACGGUCAUACUGGAGCGCUUGGGAAAAGACAACCCAGUUGUGGAUGCCACGAUGCACCAUCUUGAGGAUUAUGCCACAGAAGGACUUCGUACCCUGUGCCUUGCUAUGCGUGAAGUUCCAGAGAACGAGUAUCGUGAAUGGCAAGCCAUCUAUGACAAAGCCGCAGCCACCGUUGGUGGCAAUCGAGAAGAGGAGCUCAUGAAGGCUGCGGAGAUCAUUGAGCGCGAUUUGUACUUUCUCGGCGCGACUGCCAUCGAGGACAAGCUUCAAGACGGCGUGCCGGAUACCAUUGCGACUCUCCAAACUGCCGGCAUCAAGAUCUGGGUGCUUACUGGAGACAGGCAAGAGACUGCGAUCAACAUCGGCAUGAGCUGUAAGUUGAUUAGCGAGGACAUGACACUUCUCAUCGUCAACGAGGACUCAGCACAUGCGACGCGGCAGAAUAUACAGUCGAAACUGGAUGCGGUGCGUAGUGCUGCAGCGAAUGGCGAGAACGAUACCCUGGCUUUGAUCAUCGACGGGAAGUCACUGGCUUUUGCGCUGGAGAAAGAUCUUGAGCGUCUAUUCCUCGAUCUAGCACUGAUGUGCAAGGCUGUGAUCUGUUGUCGAGUAUCCCCGUUGCAGAAAGCUGAUGUGGUCAGACUGGUCAAGCGCAAUCUAAAGAAGUUACUGCUGGCCAUUGGCGAUGGUGCCAACGACGUGUCUAUGAUUCAAGCUGCCCAUGUCGGCGUCGGAAUCAGUGGUCUCGAGGGCCUGCAGGCUGCCAGAAGCGCCGAUGUGUCCAUUGCACAGUUCCGUUUCCUGCGAAAACUCCUACUCGUCCACGGCGCAUGGAGUUACCAACGUGUCAGCAAAGUUAUCCUUUACUCGUUCUACAAGAACGUCAUCCUGUACAUCACACAAUUCUGGUACUCGUUCCAGAAUCUGUUCACCGGCCAGAUUAUCUACGAAUCGUGGAUCUUGUCUUUCUACAACGUCUUCUUUACGGCGCUUCCGCCUUUGGCGAUCGGAGUCUUUGACCAAUUCAUCAGCGCUCGCCUCUUGGAUAGGUAUCCACAACUAUACCAGCUUGGGCAGAAAGGCACAUUCUUCCGCAUGCACAGCUUCUGGACAUGGAUGGGCAACGGCUUCUAUCAUUCGAUUCUAUCCUACGUUUUCUCGAUAUACUUCUUCCGGGACGAUCUAAUACUCAGCAAUGGCAAGAUUGGCGGCCACUGGCUGUGGGGUACAUCCACGUACACGGCCGUGCUCAUCGUGGCUCUCGGCAAGGCGGCACUGGUCACUACGAUCUGGAACAAGUGGACUUUCGCUGCGAUACCUGGCUCGCUGGGUAUCUGGCUGGCGUUCAUCCCCUUCUAUGGAUGGCUCAGCCCGAGACUAGGUGGCGGUCUGACUACGGCGAACGAGCUAGCUGGCAUUGUCCCGAAAAUGUUCGAGUCACCGAUAUUCUAUGCGCUGUGUCUGGUGCUGACGCCAGUGUGUCUUGUGCGCGACUUCGCGUGGAAAUAUGCGAAGAGGCAGUACUUUGCGCAAGAUUAUCAUGUUGUGCAGGAGAUCAGCAAGUAUAAUGUGGCGGACUAUCGACCGCGAAUGGAGCAGUUCCAGAAAGCAGUUCGGAAGGUGCGCCUGGUGCAACGACAGAGAAAGCAAAGAGGAUAUGCUUUCUCCGCCAAUGAUGACGGCGGGCAGAUGCGCUUGCUCAAUGCAUAUGACACGACGAAAGAGCGUGGACGUUAUGGUACAUAUGAGGCGAGCUCACAAGCAAGAUGA